GCUGAUCUUGUUGGGAGGUCGCUUAUUGACAAGGAGAGAAGGUGACUUCUCGCCUACCGAAGUGCUGUGUGGUAGAAAUCUUAACGUAUAACCCACCAAAAAGUGGGGUUUUGCUAAAUAAGCGACCAUGUCUUCUUUUGGGAGGGUGUUCGGAGUCCUUCGGGCCGGAACUCAGCUGCUGAGCCGGGGUCCACGGAGGAUAACGAGCAGAAAGGCGAGCGGCGGACCACACAUUGAGCCACAGUACAGGCAAUAUCCACAGCUCACCAAGAAACAGAAAUUUGAGGCGGAGUUCAUCAGCGGUGCCAUGUGGUUUUGGAUCCUUUGGCACUGCUGGCAUGAUCCAGAUGCGGUGUUGGGUCACUUCCCCUGGCCGGAUGCCUCUGAAUGGACAGAUGAAGAGCUUGGUAUCCCACCAGAUGAUGAGGAAUAAGAUCACCAAGAGGGAUUCAAGCUGCUCUGUGUGUCUCUGAAAGUCGUCGUUGUACAUAGACCAAUAAAACUAUCUUUAAGUUAAA